CUCUCUUUCUCUCUCUCUCUCUCUCAUCAUAUGCAGCUUUAUUUAUUCUAUCUAUCUAUCAGAUCUAACCCCCUCAAAAACCAUCUUUAGUUUAUUGCCAAAAAGUUGAGAGAAAGACCUUCUUGAUGGAGUUCACAAGAUCAUCAACCCAUCAACAUCCUAUUAUAUUACAAUCCCAUGCAUGAAAUCAUUCAAUUAUACAUUCAAAACAACCUUUGCCUCUCCUAAAGGAAACUUUACAACCUUCCACCUCUCAUCUCUCUUUCUUUUCUUAUUAUAUAUUCAUUUAUUCCUAUCUUUUUUUGUGUCUGCCCAUUAUUAGGGUUAUUACCUUUUUUUUUCUCAUCAAUUCUGCCCUGCAGAGAAUGGACUCUAAGCCGACAGUUACCAGAGAUGACACCCAACAGAGCUCCGGCAGCGGGGGCCGCAAGCCCGCCGGCGCCGCCGCGGCGCCGCCGGCGGAGCAGGCGUUGAAGUGCCCCAGAUGUGAUUCUCCCAACACAAAGUUUUGCUAUUACAACAAUUAUAGCCUUUCUCAGCCCAGGCAUUUCUGCAAGACGUGUAGGAGGUACUGGACGAGAGGUGGGGCUUUGCGGAGCGUACCCAUCGGCGGCGGCUGCCGGAAAAACAAGAAAAUGAAGUCCUCCUCCUCUUCCUCGUCGGCGUCCAGGCUUUCCGGUGACUCCACGGGCUCCUCCGGGAUCGGCGGCGGGUUUAAAUUCUUUAACAGUCUCUCCCCCGCCAUGGAUUUUCAGCUCGGAGGGUUGAAUUUCUCUACCAUAAACAACGUUAACCCUCCCACCGCCGCCAUUUUCGACCACUACUCCGCCUCUUCCCCGGUUAUCCCAUCAAACCCUUGCUUCAAUCUUGACCCGCCGCCGGGAACCGCCGCAAACUCCGUUCUGGGUUUCAAUUUUUCUUUCCCUUCUAUCCUAAAACGCCAGGGAGGAGAAAACACCUCGGCCGGGUUUCAAGAAAUGGGCUCAAAUAUUCAUCAUCAUCCUCAAGAUAACAACAACAACAACAAUAACAACAACCACCUGGCUUCUUCAAUCGAGUCAUUGAGUUCAAUCAACCAAGAACUCCACUGGAAACUUCAGCAACAAAGGCUAGCCAUGUUCUUCGGUGGAGAAACCCAGAAAGAGAUGAUAAGCACUGCUAAUAACAACUCAUCCAUUCCUGUUAACGAGAGCCAGAUGAUUCAGAAACCCCAGCCUAUCUUGUUCCAGAAUCUGGACAUUUCUAAACCCGAAGCUUUUGAUGGCAAAGACUGUGGAGAAAAUGGGAGCGCGAGCUUAGCUACUGAAUGGCUAUUUGACAACACUUAUGCACAGGUAAAUCCCAGUGCAACAAACAACACCGCACCCGGGAAUGGGAAUGAAAACUCCACAAAUUGGAAUGGGUUUCAGGCUUGGUCCUCAUCCAACAUGAAUCACUAUAAUUCCUUGCCAUAAGCCCCGCCGGCCUCCUCAAUCAGGGAAAAGAAAGAAUCAAUUUUUAUCCCUCCUUUCUUCCAUUUCAAUAGCUGUGUUCUUUGUUUAAUUUAUCAAGAAGGAAAAAAAAAAAAAGUUCAUUAUUAGCUGGCUAGGAACAAUGUAAUUAGGUUAUUUUUCAAUCCUUUUUUCUCGUUGAGUUGCAUCAAUUCAGUAAUUAAGAUAAGCAAAUACUGAAUCUUUUCAAUAGUCAUCAAUUAUUAUGGUUCCCCGUCGUUUGUUUUUGCAUGUAUUAUGUCUUUCAUUGAAUUCAAAAAAUUGCUUGUAAUUAAUUCCA